AUGGUCCGUACCGACAUGUGGGAGACCAUUGACACUAGCCUCACAACCAGAAUGGGACUUCCCAAAGGUGCUGCGUUUGAGCAAGGUGUUGCGACUCGCAUUGCGUCUAAGAAACCUCAGACUCCUGAAGACGUCGCUGGCUUGGCAUUGUAUUCGUGGAACUUUAUGAGUGGUCGUCAGCCAUAUCGUCAACUUGAGCUGCACGAAAAGUACGGCGUCGACCCCUUCAUUAAGAGUAAAUUUUACGAUGGGGGUAACUUCGCCGCGGAGGCCCUGUCUAUCGUCAGUGAGCGUGAUCCCAAGGAGCACGCAGAGAUGCGCAGAUAUCUCGGUACCGCAUUCUCCGACAGGUCUCUCAAGUCACAAGAACCGAUGGUCGCCGAGUGUGUCGACCGCCUUAUCGAGAAGAUUGGAACGGUAGACGUAGGGACUCGAGGAACCGACAUGGUCAUGUGGUUCAACCUUGCCACCUUCGAUAUCAUUGGAAGUCUGGCUUUUGGCAAGGACUUUGGUGGUGUUGACUCGGGAAAAGAGCACUUCUGGGUCUCGAUCGUGACCAAGAGCUUGCGAAUGGGGGCCCUCGCCGAUUGCUUUCGCAGAUUUCCGGCGCUCGCCGGCAUUGCCCAGACAGUGUUUUCUAGUCUCAUUGACAAGCUUCUCAAAGACAGUCGCACCCACCAAAAGUACACUAUGGACUUGGUUCAAAGCCGCCUGGCCUCGCACUCGGACCGAGAAGACUUCCUCACGAAGAUGAUCGAAGCCCGUAAUGAGGCGGCCAUUUCGGACGCCCAAAUUGCAGCACAUUCUUCCGACUUCGUAAUUGCCGGUAGCGAGACGACAGCCACUACCCUUUCUUGCAUGACAUACUACCUGUUAAAGAACCCAGAGAUUCUGGCGCGGUUACAGGAUGAGGUGCGGUCAGCUUUUGUUAGCUACGAGGAUAUCACUGCGGCAACGGCGACUCCAUUGAAGUAUCUCAGAGCCGUGGCACAGGAGGCUAUGCGCGUCUAUCCUCCGCUUCCUUUCGCUCUUCCCCGUGUGGUACCCAACGGUGGCUGCACGGUUGAUGGCCAUUUCUUGCCAGGUGGACUGGUCUAUCGGUACGACUUGGAGCUCGCUGAUGACAGUCUCGACUGGCACCGGGAUUCAAGGAUGCAUACGUUGUGGGAGAAGCCUCGUCUGAUGGUGAAGCUCAAGCCCCGUGUAAUUUAA